AUGAUACAGUGUAAAAGGAGACAACUAAAUUCAAGAAGAGCCAAAGAAUAUAGUAAUAUAGGAAGUCUCUCAACGGCAGCUUAGUAUUGCAAGAGAUAGGCAGUGAAAAAUGAUCAGACCACCUAACAAGUACUCUGAUAUAGUAGCCUUUGCUUUAUUUGUUACAGAUGAAGUUGGAGGAACAGAACCAUGUUCUUGCAAAGAGGUUAUGACCACCAACGUGGUGGCGAACAAGACCUGUCUCCACCACUGCAUGAGCUCGAGGCGACAAAAGAGACCCCACUUUCACGUGUUCAGCCGGAUCGAGGAACACGAGCAAAGAUGAAGGACCCUGAGUUCCGUUAUACCACCUGA